AUGGCGCCAACUACCAGCAAAGAUCACGCUCGCGACAGCCAAACUCCCAUCCACCAAGCCUUCAUCGAUAAAUCCGGCCUCUUCGCCAACGAAGCAAAAGAACCAGUCAAGCAGCUCCGCGACCUCACUCUCGAAGCCAUCCAAACCUCCCCCAAGGAUUUCACCUACACCACCUGGACCAACAUCUCUACCGACGAUUACAUUCUCGCCUUCGGCCUCGAGCUCGCGCGCGUACUCACCUUCGAGCAUAGGCUCCUCACAGCGCCGGCGAAUACCGACACGUUGGCUUUCUACCACGCGUACGUGCUGGAUCUCCAGGCGGCUGUCGCGGCAGCGGACGGCCGAUUCGAGAAGAAAAAGGUAAGCGACCGAUUGAAGGCGUACAAGGGAAUUUGCGAUGCGGCGGUGGAGACGGGCGGGCUGGAGAAGGCGAGGAUUGUUGCGGGGAAUCCAAUUGUUAGGGGCAUGUUGUUGGGGAUGUGGUUUCCGAGGACUUGA